GGCCUGGUCACAUGGUCACCGCGUAUAAGAGGGAGGUCACUAGGAGGCUGCAUGACCGGCAGCAUCUGUACAGCUGGGUCAGGGAGGAGGUGACUGCAGCUCAGGAACCGCGCAGCAAUAGACUGACAGCAAGCAGGCGCAGAUAUGGCAGAUCAUGCUUUUGUCACUCUUGCCACAAAUGACUCUUAUGCGAAAGGAGCGUUGGUACUGGGGUCAUCUCUUCAGAAAAAUACUUCAAAGAAGUUGGUUGUGCUCAUAACCCCUCAGGUCUCAGACUCCAUGAGAAAAGUACUAGAAAAAGUUUACGAUGUUGUUCGUGUUGUGGAUGUCCUGGACAGUGAGGAUUCUGCUCAUCUGGCUUUAAUGGAGAGACCAGAGCUUGGCGUCACAUUAACAAAACUCCAUUGCUGGGCAUUGAUAGAAUACACCAAAUGUGUAUUUCUGGAUGCCGAUACAAUGGUUUUACAAAAUAUUGAUGACCUGUUUGAACGAGAAGAACUGUCUGCAGCCCCAGACCCAGGCUGGCCUGAUUGCUUUAAUUCUGGAGUGUUUGUAUACCGGCCAUCUAUUGAGACCUACAACCAGCUAUUACAGAUGGCCACAGAAAAAGGCAGCUUUGAUGGUGGUGACCAAGGUUUACUGAACACCUUUUUUAACACCUGGGCAACAAAAGAUAUCCACAAGCAUCUACCCUUUCUUUAUAACUUGAGCAGUAUCUCCAUAUAUUCCUAUCUCCCGGCAUUUAAAGCGUUUGGUGGCAACGCAAAGGUGGUGCAUUUUCUUGGUAAAGUGAAGCCAUGGAACUAUACCUAUGACAAUAAAACACAGACUGUGAAAGGAGAUAUACAUGACCAAACUCUCAUUCAUCCAGAGUUCCUCAACCUCUGGUGGGACAUCUACACAUCCAAAAUCCUGACACUCUUAACAGAACACGGAGUAGUUAAAGAUGUCUCAACUGGCUUGAAAGCGGAGGAGGUAACGGAAGCAGUGUCACAGAUGUCCAUAGCAGCGGCAGCACCUCCACCCCCACCAUCUAGAUCUUCUGAAGAACGCAGGGAAAUGUGGGAACAGGGCCAGGUUGACUACAUGGGAGCAGAUUCAUAUGAAAACAUCAGGAAGAAGCUGGACACUUACCUCCAAUAGGAUUGUAAUGUCUUCCACAAGCACACAAUGAACUUCAACAAUCUAGGACUGUCUACCACAAUGUUUACUAAACCUCAGUUGGUGGGUUCUUCCACCCUUGUAAGUGGGAUAUGUAAAUUGAGCAUCCUUUUUGUUACAUGCCCAGUAAUGUGCAACUUGUCCAGAUUAGCAAAAUGGUUUCACUGGUUUUAGGGGUAUUGGUUACCAAAUCUGCUCACACCAAAACUGUAAGUAGCACUUAACUGGUUAAUAUGCCUUCCCAUCCAAAACAUUUUUCAAAAUGUUUGAACCAUUGAUGCUCCUGUUCCCACAGAUUCAUUGUCUUGAGCGGUCAAGGAUGUGUGACUCUUCUGUCUGCCUUUUUAGAGAUCCGAACUGUUCAGGUUCCUUCUAUGUACAGAUGUUUGAAUGCUCAAGCCAGUUCUGCUCACAUACUUUACCAGGCAGUGCGAGCUAGGAGCACUGUGAAACCUUGGAACUGCUUCCUUUUCUGUACCUCAGAGGGUUAAUGUAAUGCUUCUUUCAAACAAACUGUAACAUGGCACUUCAAAGAAAUAAACUGGCUUUGGUCAGUA